CCUCGCCCUCAAGGCCACCGUUAACCCUCCACUCUCUCCCACGUCCCAGUAACCUGCACUUGGGGACUCUCAGCAACCCGGACCUAAUCCAGUCGUCCAAACCUACGGUCCUCUCCUUAUCUAACCCCCCACCAGCUAUCAUAAGCAACACUCGCAAGCUAACGCCGCAACGCCGAAACCUCAUCCCGUCCUUUCAUACACUCGCCUUUCGGGGACUGCCCCCAAAUGACUCAACCAUGGGACUACAUAGCGAAAAUCGUCUCGUUAGGUGACUCUGGGUGCGGAAAAUCCAGCCUCACAGUCCGCCUCUGUGAAGGCCGCUUCUCCCCACACCAUGACGUAACCAUCGGUGUUGAAUUCGGCUCCCGCAUCGUCCCUGUCGGUCCUCCCGCCUCCCUCAACCUCCACAUCAACAACCCCUCCAAAGCAUCCUCGUCACCACCCGCCACAUCGCCCAAACAGCAACAGCAACAGCAACAGCACAUGAAGCUGUCAUUAUGGGAUACCGCUGGGCAAGAAACCUAUAAGAGUAUUACGCGGAGUUAUUUCCGCGGUGCAUCGGGCGCAUUGCUGGUCUUUGAUAUCACGAGGAAAAACACGUUCCUGAGCGCAACGAGCUGGUUGAACGAUCUACGACAGAUAGCGGAAGAGGGAAUUAUCGUGGUGUUGGUGGGAAACAAGAGCGAUCUAGCACCCUCGUCGACCGUGUCCGACCAGAGCGAGGACAACAAACGACAAGUCACAAAAGAGGAGGCCGAAGAGUGGUGUCACGCAAACGGGGUCAUGCAGUAUGUAGAGACGUCCGCAAAAUCUGGAGACGGCGUUGAGCGCGCGUUUUUGGAGGUCGCAGAGCGGAUAUAUCAGAACAUCGAAGCUGGGAAAUAUGACUUGAAUGACAGGAGAUCUGGUGUCAAGGGUCCUGGGGCGGGAGGAGGUAAUACAGCAAGGGUGAACUUGGGUAUGAAUGAAGCGGCGAGGAAGGGGAAGGGUCAGCCUGGGUGGGGUGGGGGAUGCUGUUGAGCAGCAUGUUCCCUGUUUCUGUCUUAGCCCUUCUGCUACCAGUUAAUAGGAGAGAAGACUUAUAAUUCUAGGGGAGUGCAGGCUUUGAGAGGCUAGACAUACAAGCGAGUUAGUGGGAUUGCAUCCGUUAAUAUUCUUUUUGAGUUUCUCGCAAACUUGCAUUUCUCGGCGCUUGGAAUGCCUGAGGUUGGGUUUGACUGGCUAAGUACUUUAAUGGGCAUAUAUCUUUACUAUUCGUAGGUAUUCCUUUCACCUGCAUUCUCGAAGUAACCAUGGAGCAAACAACCCGAUUUUCUAGGACCCAGCGAUCAAAACGCGAGCAAUAUCGUGAAGUUCGCGCGACCCCAGAUACCGCGCUCAGAGAAUUAAGGGGUUUGGGUUGUAUUUAAUUAUAGUAUCUAGUGUGAGAGCACUGUGAAGCAGGAAGCAUGAAGCGCAGAAGGGGGUACAGGAUAG